AUGGCCAAACCAACACAUUGGGCCCCGACUGUAUCGCGGAAAUGCCUGUAUGCACUCAGGACAAUCACUCCAAGCCACAGCAUGGCCAAACCAACACACUGGCUCCUAACAUGUAUAACGCGGUCUGUGCCGUCCAUGGCCCUCCGCUCGCUUCAGGAGGCGACGUUCUCCACCGUGGGCGAGGGCAUCUGCAAGGGGAGCCACACGCACAGGGUGAAGACCAGGCAGAGCAAGGCUGCCACCACUGCCGGCAUCCGUGCCUCUCGGACGCCCGUCUGCAGGACCCGGAGCGCCCAGUGCUUCACGGCGCCGCUGCGAUCGAUGAGCGCAGAGCAGAGGCCGCAGAGCACGUAG